AGUGUAAUAUAUGUGUAUAUAUGGACGCACACAUUCCUCCGGUAAGGUCUCUCCAGAUCAACUCUUGUUUCUCUCAAAACCCUUUUCAAGAAUGUCCCACAACAGCGUCAACCAAACCUCCAGCCCCGCUCCCAAAUUCUACGACGCAAUAAUCCUCGGCGCCUCCGGGUUCACUGGAAAGUACGUUGUCCGCGAAGCUCUUAAGUUCCUCAACGCCCCCAACUCGCCUCUCAAGUCCCUCGCUUUAGCCGGGCGGAGCCCCGGGAGACUGGCCGAAGCCCUCAAAUGGGCUGUCGGUGCGGAUUCGCCACGCAACAUCCCCCUCCUCACUGCAGAUACUACAGACCCGGAUUCCCUCUCCCGGCUCGCCGCCCAAACCAAGGUUAUACUGAAUUGCGUCGGUCCGUUUCGGCUCUACGGGCAGGCCGUGGUCUCGGCCUGCGUGGAUGCGGGCUGCGAUUAUAUUGACAUUAGCGGGGAGCCCGAGUUCAUGGAGAGGAUGGAGGCCUUGUACCACGAGAAAGCAGUUGAGAAGGGGUCUCUGGUGAUUUCUGCUUGUGGAUUUGAUUCCGUUCCGGCGGAGAUGGGGCUGUUGUUUCAUUCCAGGCAAUGGGCCGGGCCGUCGGCUCCUAACCGGGUGGAGGCGUAUUUGAGCUUGGAGUCGGAUAAGAAGAUUGUUGGGAACUUUGGUACGUAUGAAUCAGCAGUUCUUGGGGUGGCUAAUGCUGAUAAGUUGGUGGAGUUCAGAAGGUCCAGGCCCAAAAGAGCCCGGCCCGCGAUUCCGGGACCGGCACCUCCGAAAGGAUCACUCAUAGAACACCACCAGCAGCUCGGCCUGUGGGCUCUAAAGCUCCCAUCAGCCGACUCCGUUGUUGUACGAAGAACGCUAGCUACUCUGACCGAAAAUCCCCACGGCCUACCCGGUGUUAACGAAACUGCCGACGACCUUAAGAAGAGGGAGGCAUUCUGGUCAUCUGUGAAGCCGGCUCAUUUUGGUGUGAAACUAGGUUCAAAGUCAUUGCUCGGUCUAUUUCCUUACAUCAUGCUCGGGAUAUUCAUCGGUCUCUUAUGCAGGAUCGCCCUGGGUAGACGGCUUCUCCUGAAAUACCCCUCCUUCUUCAGCCUUGGAGGGUUCAGAAAAGAAGGGCCUUCCGAGGAGGAAGUGGCGAGCGCUACGUUUAAAAUGUGGUUUGUCGGGCAUGGUUUUAGUGAUGCUAGUCUAGCAUCAAAAGGAAACAAGAAGCCCGAUACUGAGGUAGUAACGAGGGUGGCAGGCCCGGAGAUUGGUUAUCUGGCCACUCCCAUAAUUCUAAUUCAAUGCGCGCUUGUUGUGCUGAGCAAGCGUGGUAGCCUGCCUAAGGGAGGUGUUUUCACGCCCGGGAUUGUGUUCGGCCCAACCGACUUGCAAGAACGGCUCCAGGAGAACGGAAUAUCGUUCGAUUUCAUUUCAAAGAACGCCCUUUCUGCCUGAGUGCUGCAAUGUCCUUAGACCGCGCUGUCGGUAAAUGUCGAAGUGCAAUUACCAUCAAGGUUGCAAUAAUAAUGAUAGGUUGUUUUAAUUGUUGGUCUACGUUAAUAAUAAUUGUUUUGAUCUUCACGAUCAUAGUUCGGAUGUUGUUUAAUCACUCUAUGUGUGAGGUUGCUCAUGUAUUACAAGUUCAUUUUAUUACAAAUUAACAUACCCCGUAUAUUCUUGAUUCA